AUGGACGAUCACUCUAGAUGGAAAGAAACAGAAGAGAUUUACUCCAUUCUCUUGACGCGUGGAGAAGACAUUGAGUGGCGUACAUCGCUGGAAAGCCUCCACUUCCAGAAUCUAUACCUCGAGAAGGGGUUUUCUUUGCCUCUUCAAGAGAUUAAUGCAAUUCGACAAUUGACCAUAGUGCGAGUGCUGAAUUCUCUGGUGAAAAAUGGGGAGAACUUUUUGUCUUUUUAUUCGUUUACGGAGAGAACGAACAGAGAUUCAAUGGGUAUGGCACACGCCUCCCAGCACAUCGCGGCUACCCCUGGCGGCCACGACAGCACAGCGACUCAGAUCCACGAGAGCUUCUAUGUUCCCUAUGGAGAGUAUGGCGAGGCCUCACGGUAG